AUCAUACAUUUUUUCAACAAUAACUUUUAGUGAAUAUAUAGAUGACUGAGUUACUAUAAAAUUUGCUAAAACUAAUUAAAGGUGUUAGUGUUUAAUGUAUCGUUGAACAAGUUAAUGGCUAAUCUGUGAAUAGACAUAUAAAAUCAAAAAAUGACUUUGCUGAAUCACUCAAUUUUUGUUGUCAGUUUUUGUUUAGGUUUUCAAGUCGUAGCAGUUUCAAAUGUGGCAUCCUUAUUUCGCCAAGAUUGUGAUGAAAAAUGUGAAGUUUGUUACAAAUACAAACCAGUAGUAUUUAUAAAUCCCUGUUUACACCGAUUGUGUGCUAAAUGUGCUCCCAUUGCUUAUUAUCAAAAUGACAUAAAAUGUUUGGUUCGAUCAUGUGGAAAAUCAAUAGUGACAUACGAAAAUUCUAAUGAUAAUGGAUUAUGUUAUUCCUGCAAAGAAGAAGCUUCAUCAGUUGUUUUAUUUCCUUGUCUUCAUAAAAUUGGUAAUACUUGUGCCGAAAUACAAGUACUUUACAACUCGCAGUUUAUAUGUCCACAGUGCCAUAAUGAAGUUGCAGAUUCCGCGGGAAAAAGUAUAAAAACAAUAUGUUUAAAUUAUUAUUAUUUUCGUUUUUUGCAAAACAAAUUAAGCAAACCUAAUAAAUGUCUAACAAAUAUACUGAUAAAAAAUUGA